AAAAUUUCACGGCCACCGCGAUCGGUCGCGUUCCCAUUUGGAGGUGUCUCCAACGGCCAACAACGCGUCACCUUGAGGAGGAACCGGAGAUGGCUCCCAUUUUGGCGAUGCCACCACAUUCCAAUCCGUCAUCUCCUCCCCUUCCUCCCUCUACUUGUUUCUCGUCCUGAGCAAUUCAUUCGGAGUCCUCCUCCUCUUGCCCCUAGCGAAUUCGAACUCAAAGCUGCCUUGGAAGGGGUUUGUGUUCUUGCCUGGUCCUCUCAGGCGGCAAUGAGGAAGUUCUCAUCAGGUUGGAGUAUCUGGAGUUGCAAGUGCCCUCUGUCUCUUCAUUGAUUCCCCCAGGGCACAGGAGCUGACAGUGCCCCAUAGAGUCUCUGUAUACAAUGGGCACAAAGAUGAAGAAGGGCAUGUUAAAGCCCCUGCGGUACAUCUCUCAAAUCUUCGAUAACAAGGAGCCUGAGAUGCAGAUUGGGUUUCCAACUGAUGUCAAGCAUGUGGCACACAUCGGAUGGGACGGACCGAGCGUUGGUUCCCCGAGCUGGCAGAUGAAGGAUUACCAUUCAGCACCGCUCAGCUCCUCAUUCGGUGCAGAUGGCAGGGAAAGCCCCCCAUCAAACUCAUGGGGUUCUCAAGAAUUCUCUCGAGGAGGAGGCAUCGAAGACUCCCCGGCUCGGCAAACCCCGGAGCCUUCCAGGCUCAGCGCUGCAUCGGCCGAACCCUCGCCCGACUCCCCCGACGUGGCUCCUGCAUCCACCAAGCCAAGGCAUUCAAGACGGCAUCAGUCGGAUGGAAGCCUGCCCAGCGACUCCCCCAGUCGCGACUCCGCCGACGGAUCGAGGCGUGGCAGGAAGCCACGCAAGAAGGACGCAGCCGGCCCGUCCGACUCGCCGGCGCAGGACAUGCCGGCUAUUCCCAAGCAGUCACACCGAAAGAAAAACAGAGCGGCCAAGUCGAAGGCCCCAGCGUCGACCGAGGAGGGAAGCACCAAGCCGGCGCCGGUGGCCGCGAUGCCGUCGGCCGGGGAGGACCACGCAGCGCAGUGACAAGAGUUGCCAAGUAUUGCAAGAGAUCGCUGGAGGUGGACGAGGAGUCAUGUCAAUGUGGAUGAAUGUCGUGAACACAUAAAGAGAUGGGAUUUGCCUUGCUGUUGUUGUUUGCAUAACUGCCAUUUAACUACGAUGCUUCAAAAGAUACUCUCUGUUCAUGAGCUAGUUUUUUUUUUAUACUGUCAA